UCAUAGCUGCCAGAAUGUGGAAGUAUCUGCACCCUGACUUUGCAUCAUACAUGCUUGGUGAACUACAGAAACAGCAGCAGGGAAGCAUCUUUUGUGACACACUUCUACAGACAGAUGGUGUCUGCGUUCCAGCUCACAGCUGUGUGUUAGCUGCUCUAAGUCCCAUCUUCUCCACUUCCCCUGCUCCACCUGCAGGGCAGAACAGACUUAUAAGCCUCAAGGCUGUAGGAUCUCAAGCUCUACUCAAGCUAGUUGGGUUCCUGUAUACUGGACAAAUGGAGGUCGAGAGUCAGAGCGAACAUGAAGAAGUAAUGGCUGCUGCCCACAGGCUUGGCCUUAGAAACCACAUUGAGAAAAAGAGAGUGUGGGUUGAAAGACGAGUUGAGGAUAUUGGGAGAAGCUGGAGAGGGACUGGUGAACAGAUAGAAGACAGCAAAAAGGAAAAUGAGAGUAUGCCUGUGCCUUUGGAGAAGCAGAGCAAUACUUAUGAUAUUGCAAUUAAUAGUGAUGCUCUAGUGCCUCCAGUGCAACCUUGUGGCUUGUUGGAACCCGAUUUACCACCAACGCUGUCAUUUGAUGAAGCUAGUCCAACUAGAGGUUUUAAAUGCAUCAGUGAUGCCACUGUUUCUCCUCGCACUGACAUGGCAGAUGCAUCAGUAUCAAACCAUCAUAAAACAAAGGGUAAGAAGAGGUGGGAAAUGCCAAAAAGAGGAAGCCAAUUAAACAUACAAACUUGGCAACAAAAUCAGAACAAGCUCCUGAAGGCUGAAGGGACCAAAUUGAACCCAGUUGGGUCGGUAGAAAGACAUAGAAAUGUUUCGGGCAAAGACUUCCAAAAACUUUGGAAGUCACAAGACAAAAAAGAGGCCAAAUUAGACAGGUUAAAAUUAAAGAUAAAACUGAAGAGGAGGAAAGGAACUCGGUGGGAGAGCAAUCUCCUUGUCUCCGUCCAGGGCGAAAGCGAGCCAGAUGAACUGAAAGAGUGUGCUCCUCGAACUCCGCUAAAGAACUGCCCAUCUGGUCUACUUAUUGGUCAAAGUCUUGGGACUCUCACCCCACCAACAGACCUACCUAUUUCACCCUCAGAUUAUUCCACACAUGCCUCUUCAGAUAACCCUUGUCGUCAUACUCCAAAUCAUAUUAAUGUCUCUUCGCCUUUGGAUGUACCAACUUUAUCUUCAAGCCCUCCCCAAGAAGAUGAAUCUGAUGAGCAGAUUGCAAUGCUCUUGGAGGAUAUGUUUAUGAUGGGUUUAAACAUCCUGCCUUUGAUGCCAUUUGAUCGAAAUCUGGAUGAGCAUCAGCUGAACCAGCUAGGCACUCUUCAGGAUGUUAAAGGUGGGGAAAAUGGGACUGAGUCCUCAGCUAAAGGAGCCAGUCUUGUGCAAAGCUGUGAGCCAGAGAUGAGAGAAUCUGAAAUGAGGAAGACGGCAACACCAGGACAGACAAAUGAAGAGAUGGACCUCUCAGGCUAUCAAAAUCAGUCCGGAUCUAGUACAGUUCAUGCUCAUUCACCUGGUCAGGAACUUCAUGCUUCAACUUCCAUGGCAACUGUGGCAAGAGACAGUGCCCCUUCACUAGUUGAAGACCUAUUUUUAACCUCAAAUGCCACUAUUGUCCCAGUCCGCCCCUUCCCUUCAGUUGGUGAAAUGUCAGGACUAAUUAUGACCGCCAUACCUGAUGACAGGUUAGAUUUCAAACUUCAAAAAUGCCUUUCCCCUCUUGAAUCAGAAAAGGCAGACAGUGAUGUUCCUUCACAAGUUCCUUCAAGGCCAUCUCAAGAUGAGGUAUCUGAGACACACGAUCAGUAUCCAGAAACACAAACAGUUUCCCAGUGGCUUUCUGCAUCAUCAUUAAAAUUGGACUUCCGUCUGAAAUCAGUGAUCGAUUCCGCUCACUCACAUCCAUUGUUUGACUUAAGUGGUUCCCAAAAUCAAUCAUGCCUGGACCUUGCAGAAAAUCAGGAGUUGAAGACUUCAAACCAUGGUUUAAUCACUGGAAGUGGCUUAAACUUGGUUCAAGCUGAUGUCAGAGAUGCCACUGAGCACCCUAAGCAGAGAAUGACCAGACAACGGAGCCUUGCAGCUCAAAGGCCAAAAGGUAAAGGGGACACUAAUAAUCAAACUCAGUCUCAGGUUCAACUAAGGGUAUCCAGGACUAAGUGUGACGAUAUUUUUGAAGAGACCCUCAGUGGAAAUGUUAACUUGUCAACCUCUAACUCGUGUGGAGUUGGUACCCAAAAGACCACUACUUGUGCAAACAGAAACAGAACAGUUGCUUGUGUGAAGAGAAGGCAAGAAAAUGGUUUACCUCUCAUUAAUAAAAAGCCUCUGUUGGACAACAUAACUGAACAAAAUAAACAUGAAAAUGAUUUACCUAAAGCACAGUUCACUAUAGGUACCAUAAAACGCAGGCAUGGCAGACCUCCUAAAUCAAAAAAACUCACAGCAGCUCUCCAGCUAAAAUCUAUCAAUGCAAAGAAAUCGGGCGGACCACCUAAUAGUUUCAGCAUGGCCACUUAUUCAGGCCAAAAUGAUUGUGAUGUGGAGAAAACAAAGACAGGCAGUGAGUUUGAACAGGACAACAAACAAGAACCAAAUCAGGAGAUAGAAUCAACAGUAAUGGGGGAAGCAGAUGUUAACAACAAUAUUACACAGACAAAGGAUAACGCUGACUUUAAAUAUGCCAGCCAUGCAAAGGGACCAAGUAUCCUCAAUCAAAUUUUCCAUCAGGCUUGUCCUAGAGUUAAAAGUUCGGUCUGUGGGAGUUCUUUGCUGAUUAGUCAGCAACUAACAUCAAGCCUUCAAGAAACAGCUUUCACCCCUCAGAGAUUCCAAGAACUUUUAGAAAAAAGUGAAGAAAAAAGUAGCAAAUUAGUGGUGGACAGUGAACAGAACAAUGAGGGUAUUUGUGGUGUAGAGGAAUCUGGUAAUCACGAAAGGUUACAGAUGUCACAAGUGGAACAUUCAGUUAAAGGAGGAGAGGGAUUUGCCAAUGAAGAGAACUCUGGUCUAGCAGCCAACCUUUUCCAGAAUUGUCACGAGAAGAGUUGUGAUUUACAGAAGGAGAUUGGAAAAGACAUUCAAGACCAAUCCUCUGAAAUUUCUGUCCAUGCUUUAUCAUCUGAGGACAAAAAGAAGGAUAUUAUGAUGAAAGUUGAUGAUCUAGGUCAUACCAUGUCUCCAUCAAAGACCAACUGUGUGGUUAUCGCCAACAAACCAACAGUGCUGGAGGAAACCGACAUGAAAAAUACUGUUCAAAAGAUGCACAACAAAGAAUUUCAGUCACUACGCAGUGGUAACUGGGGGGUUGGUUGUCUUGAGAAUGAGGAAAGGGAGGAUAUAGGCAAGUGCAAAGUUGUUCAGACAACGGAAGUCACUCUAGAGGAUGAAGAAACUGAAGUCCACAGGGCAAGCGAUAAAGUCAUAGAGGAAAAUACUCUGCUCUCUUCAGAUGGUGGCUGUUGUGAAACCACCAAUGGGGGGGAUGAUGAUGAGAUUGAUGUGGAAGAGGACCAAAACAGUGUUGAGGUGGUUAAUGGACGGACCCCUCUAGAGGAAGAGUCUAGGAUUGCAGAUGAUUUAUCAAAUACAGUUCUGACACAGAGAGACACACGUGUAAUAUGCAGAGAUGAUCCUUAUGUCCAAAUUGAUGAGGUAACCAAUCGGUCAUACUCUCACAGCCCCAACGUGUACAGUGAGGAUGUCUCGGUAGUGCUGUCCACCGUGGUGUACUCUUCAUCAGAAGAUGACUGCCACUCUGAAGAAGAGAUUGAUGUAGAUGUUCUAGGGGAUUCUACAGAAGCUCUACCGUGGCAUUUGACAGCUACACAGAUCAUCAGCCUGCCUGUUGAUGGUCUGCAGGACCAAGAGAAUGAGAUGGAAGGGACUGAAGAAGAGGAGGUUGAUGUUACUGGAGAAGAAACUGAAUGAGAUUUCUUUUCAAGUUGGGAAUGCAUCUUUAAUGCUUU